AAGCAAAGGUUAGAUAUAAUAUUUGUAUGCUUGAAGGAGGAAAAAUGAUAGAGAGGAUGCAUUGGGGAGCUCAAGAGCAAGGAUGUCGGAAGGGUCCUUGGACUCCUGAAGAGGAUAGAUUGCUUAUUGAAUAUGUCAAUUUCCAUGGAGAUGGAAGAUGGAGUUCUGUUGCCAGGUCUGCAGGGUUGAAUAGAAGUGGAAAGAGCUGCAGGCUGAGGUGGGUGAAUUAUCUUAGGCCAGGUCUUAAAAGAGGCCAAAUGACACCUCAAGAAGAAGGCAUCAUAGUUGAACUCCAUGCCCUAUGGGGUAACAAGUGGUCUACCAUUGCAAGGUACUUACCUGGGAGAACAGACAACGAGAUAAAGAACUAUUGGAGGACUCAUUUCAAGAAGAAAGACAAAUCAUCCAAGAAGCAAGAAAAGCCAAAAGCCCAAACUCUAAAACAACAGCAACGACAACAAGAGGUACAGCCACAGGAUAAAGAAAGCAUGAAAAGGGUAAUCUUACCUCAGGUUGCCAGUCAUGAAGUAAUGAAAAUGACAGGGGAACAAGGAAGACAAGAGGUGGACUUCACGUAUGAUUCCAUGGAGGAUCAGUGCAUACCUAAUGUGAUGUCUCCAGAUGCCGCGUCCUGGUCGGAUCACUCAGCGGUAGAUGAAGGGUUUCUGUGGAGUGGCCUGUGGCUAUGGGACCAAGACGAUCCCUAUAGCCGCAUGGAUCAUACAUGCAACUACGACAAGGCUGUUAAUCCUAUUAGUGACUUCUAUAGCGGAGGAUAGAUUUUCUUAUUUUAAUGGAAUAAUGAUAACAACGAACCUUAUCUCUUAUGUAUUGUAUCGUUGAUUGUUUAUAGUAUAUAC